AAAACCUAAACAAACAAAACCGAAAUCAUAGCAUUAUUCGCCGAAAAAUAUCGAAUUUUUCCUAUUUUAAAACAAAGCUGUAUCAAAAUAAAUUUUAGAAAUGACGCUUAUUUCACAUCCUAAAUAAUUUUUUAAUCCAGAAUAUUUAUAUGCAAAACCCUUUAGACAUAUUGUAUAUGGAAAAAAUAAUUGUUAUUCCACGAAGAUAAUUUUCUUCGUUCUUUUUUGCCAUGGAAGAAAAUAGUAAUUCUUUCGCUAUCUCAGUUAAUGAAGAUUACGAAUCAGAUUUUGAAUAUGAUGUUGAUGUUGGCGAGAAACGAAAAGCCAGAGAAGAUCUGACUUUAAAACAACCUGCUCCUAAGAUUCCCAAGCCAAAUAAACAAGAAUUUGCCGAUGCGUAUGCUCGUGAGCAAGGUAGAAUUCAGCAACAGGCAUAUUUGUCUUUAGAUGCGUAUACUAGACACAAGAAACUUAUCAAUGAUUAUGUACUAUGUUACCGAGGAGCAACUGGUAAGCUCAGGCGAGAUACAAGUAAUUAUAAAACUGAUUCAGAUAUAAUUCGUGAAAAUCAUCGAUUUCUUUGGGAAGAGGAAGACGAAGCAAAAACCUGGGGUGAGCAAUUAGCCAAAAAAUACUAUGACAGACUUUUUAAAGAAUAUUGUUUGUGUGAUCUUAGCCGAUAUAAAGAAAAAAAGAUUGGCAUGAGGUGGAGAACUGAGAAAGAAGUUAUUCUAGGGAAGGGGCAGUUUUUUUGUGGAAGCAUUCGUUGUGAGGAAAAAGAAGGAUUGAAUAGUUGGGAAGUACUAUUUGGCUAUGUUGAACAUGGAGAAAAAAAGAAUGCGCUUGUAAAACUUCGACUUUGCGAAAAGUGUUCUUAUAAACUUAAUUAUGGUUAUAAAGGAAAAGCGGUUCUUAAAAAUAAACUCAAGAAAUCAAAAUCCGAUAAAAAGCGAGACAAAGAAUUAGAUUCUGAAAAAUCAGAUGCAGUGUCAAACACUUUGAAGGACUCCAGUGAAAAGGAAGAUGAUGCUAAGUCUAGUGAAAGUAAUAUUUGGAAACAACCAGUGCAGGAGGAAGUGGAACAGUCAAAAGAAGAUGCAUUUGAAGAGUUCUUGGAAGACUUAUUUCUAUAAAGUUAGAAUCAGAGAAUUAUUUAAUUUUAAUCAGUCUUAUUCAUAUAAGUAAAUACUAUUAUAUUAUCUGUAAAAUCAAAUUUAUUACCAAUGAAUUGGAAAUUUAGUGCCUUUUCUGUAGUUGAACAUAAUAAUCCAAUUAUGAAUGUUAGUACAAAUAUAACUUUUUUGAUAGCACAGCUGGAGCAAUAAUAAGCAUAUUUGCCGAGUACUGCAAACUUUUACUGAAAAAUAAAUUUUUUUAUAGAAUAUAUAUUUUAUUUGCUCUCAGGCUAAUAGAAAGCUAUAGGAAAUUUUUAAUUGGAUAAAAUGACUUAUCUUGAUUAAAUGCAUUUAAAAUAAUAUUUAAUAUUAAAAGAUAUUUAAAUGAUAAAAUAUUUUUGUUACUUUUAAAUUUGCCAAUGUUAUAUUUUAUUAGU